AUUUUUGUUCGGCGAUACCAAGAUCCAAAGAAAAGGAGGUGAUUUGACACCUACCACUACUAGUGUGCACUGUAAUAGUUGAUAAAAUGAAUAGAAAAAGAAAUCAAAUUUUCAAGGUCUGGACUGGAGAUAUACAAAAGUGUCACUAUACAACAAAGAAUUGCUCUGGUGGUCGACGCAAUAUUUACUGAUAGAACAGAACAGUAAUCGGUAGCGGUAUGGUAUUACGAGUUUCAGUGGGGGAGGGUGACGGCAAUCGGCGGUGGAAGCGAGUAUGAUGGUGAUGGCUGGUAUCCCGUUCUGAGAAGAAGUCGGCAGAGCGCAAGUCAAUAUGAGUGGACGGCGUAAAUUCAAAGACUUGAUUAGGAGCAUUUGCACCUGUGGAGGAGACGGUUUCGGAACAAUGCCGCCUAUAGGGGUGCGACUGUACACUCAAGAUCGACAUGUUGUGAUUGACAAUGGCAUACUACAAGUUACACUGUCGAACCCUGAGGGAAUUGUUACGGGAAUUCGUUAUAAUGGUGUUGACAAUUUGCUAGAGGUCCUCAAUGAUGAGUCUAACAGAGGGUACUGGGAUGUUGUCUGGAAUUCACCAGAUGGAAGUAGCCGAACCGGAUCAUUUGAAGUGAUUAAAGCAACAAGUUUCAACAUUAUAAAGGAAAGCGAUGAACAGGUAGAGGUGUCCUUUACAAGACCUUGGGAUCCUUCGCUCCAGGGCAAGCUCGUUCCCCUGAAUAUAGAUAAAAGGUUUAUUCUGCUCCGAGGGUGCUCAGGCUUCUACACAUAUGCUAUAUACGAGCAUGUUGGUUCCCCAGAAUGGCCAGCUUUCAGCAUUGGAGAAACGAGGAUUGCUUUCAAACUUCGAAAGGAUAGUUAUGAUACUUUUUUUUACCUGCCUAGGUACGUUGAUGAUGAUUAUAUUCCAGCAAACAGUGCAUAUGUUGGAUUGGCCCCUCCUGGGGAGGUUGGAUCAUGGCAAAGAGAAUGCAAGGACUACCAAUUUUGGUGUAGAGCAGACGAAGGCGGCUAUUUUUCGAUAAAUAAUAUACGUACGGGUAACUACAAUCUUUAUGCAUGGGUCCCUGGCUUCAUUGGAGAUUAUCGAAAUGAAGUUGCCUUUACGAUAACUCCAGGUUGUAAUAUAGAGGUAGGUGAUAUUGCAUAUGAGCCUCCGAGAGAUGGCCCGACAUUGUGGGAAAUAGGCAUUCCUGAUCGUUCUGCUGCGGAGUUUUACGUUCCUGAUCCUGAUCCGAAAUAUGUUAACUUUCUUUUUGUUAAUCAUCCAGACAGGUUUCGGCAAUAUGGACUGUGGGAUAGGUAUUCGGAGUUGUAUCCUGAUGAAGACUUGGUAUACACCGUUGGCUUGAGUGACUAUCGAAAAGAUUGGUUUUUUGCGCAGGUUAACAGGAAAAAAGAUAACAAGUAUGAAGGAACCACGUGGAAGAUCAAGUUCAAACUCGACAGUGUCAACCAAGCCGGAGUUUAUAAACUGCGCGUGGCACUUGCAUCUGCAACCUUAGCUGAACUUCAGGUUCGAGUUAAUAAUCCAAGUACAAAUCGGCCAUUAUUCUCAAGCGGAUUGAUUGGGAGGGACAACUCAAUUGCAAGACAUGGAAUUCAUGGAUUGUAUUGGCUUUACAGUGUAGACAUACAGGGAGCUAUACUUGUGGAAGGGGACAAUACUGUGUACUUGACACAACCAAGGAAUACAAGUCCUUUCCAGGGACUCAUGUAUGAUUACAUUCGACUCGAAGCUCCCCCCAACUAGACAUUCAGAUGUCCUCUCUACAGAGAGAGAGAGAGAGAGAGAUGUUAUUUUAGAAAUAAAGAAACAACAAAUAAAUGAACGCGUUUAAUCUUUGCAAUGUAUAUUGUUAUGUACAUACACUAUGGUUAUCCUUUCUGUAAAAGGAGGAAUUGAAAAUAUUAUGCAUAUUGAAAGUUAUGUAUCUUACAAGGAAUAAGAUCAGCGAACACAUUCUAGGAAACUA